CUGGGCAGUGAGCGCUGUAAUGGCUCAUUGUGUAACUUUGUUGCACAUUCUUUUAAAUACAGUAUUAUUAUCCUGCUUAUAUACCGGGUCAUUGGGCACUGAAUUAAGCUUUGUCACUUGUGGGUCAGUCGUGAAACUGCUUAAUGUCAGACACAAUGUCAGAUUACACUCCCACGAUGUCCGGUAUGGUUCUGGCAGCGGUCAGCAGUCGGUGACGGGAGUGACCACAGUGGAAGACAGCAACAGCUACUGGAGUGUGCGAGGCACGAGUAGCGCGGCGUGUCGCCGCGGGACUCCGGUGAGGUGCGGCCAGACCAUCCGGCUCACUCAUGUCAACACUGGCCGGAAUCUGCACAGCCACUAUUUCGCCUCACCGCUGUCUUCCAACCAGGAGGUGAGCGCGUUCGGAGAGGAGGGCGAAGGAGACUCCCUGGACGAGUGGACAGUGCUGUGCGGAGGGGCGGUCUGGCAACGCGACGAAUCGGUGAGGUUCCAGCACGCCGCCACGGAGGGCCUCCUGUCGGUCACGGGCGAGCAGUACGGCCGCCCCAUCCACGGCCAGCGCGAGGUCCACGCCAUGGCAACCCCCAACCAGCACAACUACUGGAAAGCCAUGGAGGGUAUCUUCAUGAAGCCCAGCGAGACCCCUGGGGCCAGGGACAACGACGCCCCGUUCCACACCGAGUUUUGACCUGCAGUUAGUCUCUGCUCCUUUGCUCCUAGUGAGGCUACGCACAAAGUACCACAUGGUCUGGGCCUUCUGGACAGUUGAGCACCCUGACCUUGUAAAAGCAAGAGGUAGGGUGAGAUCUGGUAAAUCUCACUUGAAAGUCAAUCAUUGAAUCCAUUCAAACCUACAGUCAUGGUGCUCUGUCAGUACUCAGCUACAAUGUAGAGGUGGUCCACUUUGAUACACUACAGAACCAUGCCAAUAGGACGGCAGCAGCAGCCUGAUCUCAUCAAAGUUCAAGUGUACAAUCAUAAUGAUUAUUUUUGUUUCGGUCAGAUGGUAAAAGACAGCAAAUUCUGUGCAUGCAUGUGAUGGAGACCAGGGCCAGUUUCACAGACAAUGUCUUACAGGUUGUCAGAUAUGAAGCAUAAUUUAGAUGGUUGCAUUAAGCAGUCUAAAACUUGGCUGCUUAAAUUCUCACUUGCAUCAGAGAUAUAGUUAAUCUUGCAGAAAACUUGAUACAGUCUACAGGGAAACAAUUUUUCAUCACAUACUUAAAAGGCACACAAGCAACAAUCUGUUGAAAGGAAGCCAGGCUAAAAUGAGAUUGUAGACACAUCAUGGACAUAUCUAUGAGAUGGUGAACACUUUUGCACACUGCACUAAAACCAGUCUUAAUGAAUACUAAUUCACAGUUCCAAGUUGAUAUAUAAGUGAUGCAGUUCGUGCAGUUUUUAAAACUUCCUGUAUGAACUGCAUUCAGGGUGUGCCUUGAGCAUGUAUUUCUCUUGAACAAGAUAAAAUCCAUUUCCUUUCCAUUUUGACAAUCUGAAGUCCACAAUUAUUGGAUGCAUGUCUGAUUAAUUGGUAAUUUUUAAUCUAAGUAUUUCUUAAGGUAGGCUUUUUAAAUAACCAAUAUUUUGUCUUUCAAUGAGUUAAAAAGAUUUGAUUUUGUAAGGAGGCCCUGUUGUAAUUCUAAAGUGUAUUUUUAUUCAACUGUCUGACUCCUGUUACAAGACAGCAAAGCAAAAUAAGGUCUGUCUAGCAGUAUAGAUAACAAAAUAAAUUGUUUUAUGCAGUUGGACCCAAGAUGUGGAAAAAUCAGGUUCAGUAUGAGGAGGCUGGGGGCACAUCAGUAUGAGAUUGUGUGGAUUUCAGUUCUGGGAGUUUGGUGUCACUCACCUAGUUUUGCCUCUUUUUGUUUUGAUUUAUGAAGUAUCUUAAAUUCAAUUGUUAAAGACAUACAGCAGUUCAUGAAUGCUAUCCAGACACAUUUUGUUUUGACAAGUUGCUUUCUUACAUAGUGCUUUUUAAUUUCUCAACAUAAAAGUAAAGCACCAGUGCUUGAAUGACCAGUGCUUCAUGUACAGUGUUAACACUAUCAGUAUUGUUUUUUGACACCGGCAGCAACACUUAUGACAUACAGUAUUUUGUAUUUUUUGACUACAUGUUUAUACAAAGCUGUUCUUUCUUGCUUGUGAUUCUAAAAUUUCAGGUGGUUUGUACAAGAAACAAAACUGUAAGAGAUACCUCAAAUAAACAGUUUCUGGAAUCAUAUGUAAGCUCUUAUAACAUUUACAUUUAUUCAUUUAUCAGACGCUUUUAUCCAGAGC